AUGCCCGUGUCCUAUCCGAUUCGCUCUUUGUUAUAUCUCAUCUUUCUGAUUCCAUCUGUGAUAUGUGCCAUCUUUUGUCUUUAUCAUUUUAUUACUAAUCGAGCACUUCGCAACGCUCUGAACAAUCAUGUUGUCAUUUUCAUCCUCGGUUUUGGUGUUUUUCUCAAUAUGACGGAUAUGAUUUGGUUUGUCGACUUUUAUCGAACUCGUCGUGUUCCAAUAUUUACACGAGCAUUUUGUUUUACAUGGGCAUAUAUCGAUUAUGCUGUGUUUGUAGUCAUCACAUUACUAGUGACCUGGGCAUCAAUUGAACGACAUAUUCUUAUUUUUCACCAUAAUCUCACUGCAACGCCUAUAAAGCGGUUUUUUCUACACUAUUUACCAUUGGCUAUCUGCGUUGUUUAUCCGUUUGCGUACUAUUUCGUUAUCUAUUUUGUUCUGCCUUGUGAAAUCGUUCUCAAAGAAACUCGAAUAGGGUGUGGUGUUUUAGAUUGUGCACAGAGCAUUACUGCUGUUGGCGUGUGGGAUAGUCUUGUACAUAAUGUUGUGCCAAUAUGUAUGAUUGCUAUCUUCAGUCUAGCGCUUUUGGCACGGGUAUGGUAUAGUAAAUACCGAGUGCACCAAAGAAUUCAUUGGAGAAACUAUCGGAAAAUGGCUAUUCAAUUGUUAUCGAUCACUGGUAUAUAUCUAAUUAUUGUAUUUCCAUCAAUGGUUUUGUUCACUAUGGAUGCAGCUGGAGUGCUCGAUCCAUCUGCCUAUGAUUUUUAUUCGAGUACUUAUUAUUUCUCGUACUUUACAGUUUUGCUUACUCCAUUUUUUUUUCUAUCACCAAGAUGUGUUCGAAGUAACCGAGUGGCAACAAUUAACCCAAUGACAAGAACUCGAACGCCUGCAAUAGCACAAGUUGCGCACUGA